CGAUAGGCUGGCUAAACUGGGUUUAAAUUCCCGCGGAGUCUCCAAAGUUCCAAAGAAGAUCAGAAAAGAGCGGCUUCGGAGAAUCAAGCGAGGGAUUUGAUAUGCAACACAGCAACUCCAAUGCCCGAUGUUCUUCCCCCUCUCUUCAGUCUCUCUGACUGUCCGCCUUUCUGAGUUCUCCGCGAGAUUCUGCACUCCGAUCCGAUCUCUUUUAGAUUGGGAUGGCCGCAGCAACUGGGAUCGUCUUCCCGCCGGCUCCGUUUUUCCGGCGAAUACAUACCACUCGUUUCAGAAGGACGGAGAGAAAUGUGCGGCUGCUCGAGCUCCGAUGCGGCGCUGCUGUCGGCGGUGGUUUAGAUGACCACGUCGUCGGAGCAACAUCUUCGUCGAAGCGUCGGAUACAAAGACUUGUUGGCAUGGGGUCUAAACUUGUUGGAUGUGGUUCAGGUUCAGCAGUGCCGAAACAUAUGAUUUCUAAUGAUGUUCUUGCACAGCUUGUUGAAACCUCAGAUGAGUGGAUUUCUGUUCGCACAGGGAUUCGUAACCGGCGGGUUCUUACUGGAGAUGAAACAUUAAAUGGAUUGGCUCUGGAAGCAGCCAACGGGGCCCUCCAAAUGGCUGGUGUUGUGGCUCACGAUGUUGAUCUCAUAAUAAUGUGCACAUCAACUCCAGAUGAUCUCUUUGGAGGUGGUUGUCAGAUUCAGAGCGAUUUAGGCUGCAGAAAUGCUUGGGCUUUCGAUAUUACAGCUGCUUGCAGUGGUUUUAUUGUCGGAUUAGUCACUGCCACUCGAUUUAUUAAAGGUGGGGGUUACCAGAAUAUUCUUGUAAUUGGAGCAGAUGCUCUUUCACGUUAUGUGGACUGGACAGAUAGAGGUACAUGCAUUCUUUUUGGUGAUGCUGCUGGUGCAGUGCUUGUGCAGGCCUGCAGCGCUGAUGAAGAUGGAAUACUUGGGUUUGACUUGCAUAGUGAUGGCCAUGGACAAAGAUAUUUAAAUGCUACAACUAAGGACAGUGAAACAGAGAACAACUUAAGCACAAAUGGUGCAGCAAUAUUUCCCCCAAGGAAAGCAACGUAUUCAUGCAUACAAAUGAAUGGCAAGGAGGUUUUCCGCUUUGCUGUUCGUUGUGUGCCUCAGUCCAUUGAGACUGCGCUUGAGGAAGCUGGUUUCACAUUUUCUAGUAUUGAUUGGCUUCUACUUCAUCAGGCUAACCAGCGGAUCAUAGAUGCCGUGGCUACACGGUUACAGAUCCCCCCUGAGAAAAUCAUAUCAAAUCUAGCCAACUAUGGCAAUACAAGUGCUGCCUCUAUUCCUCUUGCUUUAGAUGAGGCCGUGCGAGCAGGCAAAGUGAAGGCAGGGGACAUGAUUGCUGCUUCAGGUUUUGGAGCUGGAUUGACAUGGGGCUCUGCAAUUUUGAGGUGGGGAUGACUUGGCCGAACCACACGAACAUUCAGCCCCUACAGUGUUUAAUUGAAGUAAAUGAUAAUGAAGAUUUAUUUGAUUCAGUUUUUAUGGAGACUGCUCUCUGAGCCAGAAGUUCCUAUAUUGGACAAUUUUUUUCUUUUUUUUUGUUAUCAAACAUUUGUAAUGCAAGGUUGUUUUUGUAAAAUGGUAGCGUAGCUUUCAUGAAUGAAAAUUGAUGGAAAUGUUCCAUUGCAUGCCACAGCCUGGGAAUUCUAUUUACAUUUUGGGCAUUUUGAAUAAGGGACUAUUUGGGGGCAGCUUUCUCACUAUUUUGUUUUAUAAACCGUUGUCACACAGCUAUUGAAUUCCAUAAAUUCGUGCUCUA